AUGUCUGUGCCUAGUUUAUAUUUUGGUGAAGAAAAUGAAGAAAUGGAGACAUCCGGUGCUUUAAAUGAAAAUAUUCCCCAACAAUCCUCCCUCGUUGAUUUACAUCAAAUUCCCGGUGAACUUUGGCUAACUCGCAGAAGAAUUGAGGCUGGAGUUAGAGAACAAAGAAAGCAAAGAGAAAUGUUAACAAAUGUUCAGGAAAGAUUGGCACAAUGCCGAUUAGAAAGAACAAAACAAUCAAAAUUUGAAAGAAGAAUUACUAGUCCAUUUCGUUUGCCACGUAGUCACUCACCUCCAAAUUCUUCUGAAAGAUUUGCCCCAACAUGUCAUCUUCCCGACAGACCCAGUACUUCCCAUAAAAGACAACAAAGUAGUACAUUUGCCAUAACUACUGGAGAUGAAUUUUCAAGGAAUAUAUUUAAUGAAGAUGAAAGUAUUAAUAUACCAGAAAGACAAUUUAGAAAUCGUUUAACUGCAUUAGAGCAACAAAUGGAACGUUUAAAUUUAUUUACUGCUCAAUCACUUUCCUCAAAAUUAGAAGAAGAAAAUUUUUUUCAAGAAAAAACUAAAAAAGAAUUAAUUAUUAAAAGAAAAACAAAAGAAUUAAUUGAAGAAUUUGCUAAAUUAAAAAGAAAAAUUAAUCAAUUGAGAGAAAAUACUAAAUUGGAAUUAAAAGAGGUUAAUUCUGAAUUUGGAGAAAGAAUGGAUGCAUUAAUGAGACAAUUAAAAAGAGAAAUUAUUUUGUUAAUUUCCUCCUAUGAAGAUGCAGAAACUCGAGCAGAAUUAUCAGAAAAUCGUUUAAAAGAAAUAUUCGAAAAAAUAUGGGCAAUUCCAUCUUUAAAUAAUGAAAAUAUUGAAAAUUCUUUUUCUUCAAUUUCUUUUAAUAAUUACCUCCCUUCUAUGGAUAAUUUAAUAAUUGCUAUACGUUUAUCAAUUGACCGGGCAUCUUCUUCUUCUUUAGAGGCAUAUCGAGCAAAAGCAAGAGAAGAAUUAACGAAUGAACGAUUAAAAAAUGAAAGAGAAUUGAAAAAUAUUGAAAGAGAAGCAAAACUCCAAUUAGAACGCCGAGAGUCUGAAUGGGCUGCUGAACGUCUCGAGCUUUUAACUGAAUUAGAAAAUGAAAGAGCUAAUAAAUCUAUUGAGAGUGAAAAAAUAGAAGCUAAAAGGGUAGAAAUGGAUAAAUCACAAUUAAGAAUUCAGAGUUUGGAGGAGCAAUUAAAUCGUCUCUCAACAGAAUUGGCUGCUGAAAGAAAUAAAUAUUUAACAGAAUUAAUUGAAAACAAUGAAAGAUUCCAAACAGAAAUUACCGAAUAUCAAACAACUAUUGUCGAUUUAGAGGAACAAUUAUUUGCUGAACAAAAAGAACGUCAAACAAUUAAAGAAUUAACAAAUGAAUUAAAAGAAGCAAAGAAUGCAUUAAAUGAAGAAUUGCUUGCAGCUUCAACACGUUUAUCUAAUGUAGAAACCCAAUUAGGCAUUGCUCUACAAAAUACAGAGGAGAUAACUACAAAACUUCGUAGAGAAGGACGGGAUUUGGCUAUGAAACUUGUAGAUACUGAAGCAGAAAUUGAAACACUUAAAGAACAAUUAAAAACAUCUGAAAAACGAUUAAAAAAAGAAAGAGAUGAAUGGCAUGCAGAUAUUGAACGUGCAGACAAAGAUUGGAAAGCACAAAGUAAAUUACUUACAAAAGCAGAAACACAAAAAAAAGAAUUAAUUAAAGAAUUAAAUAUAGCUAAUUCUAAAUUAAAUGAAAUUGAACUUAAAUUGGAAUCUCGAAUUAAAAAAGAACAAACUUUACGUACAGAAUUAAUUAAAGUAAAAGAAGAAUUGGCAGAAGAGAGAAUUCAGGCAGAAAAUGUUUUUGAGGAGAAAGAAAAGGAAUUUAAAAAAGAAAUGGAAAGAUUAAAAUUUGAAUUAAAUGAACGUUUAAAUGAAUUAACAUUAGCAAUUGAAAAAGAAGCAGAAUUAACUGUUAAACUUGAAGAUGCUGAACACAGACUUACUAAAGCGAGUGAAUUAUGUAAAAGAUUAACUAAAGAACUGGAUGAACUUAGUGAAAAAAGUUUUGUUCAAACUACCUCAACAGAAAAAUUGUUAGCCGAUUUGGAUGAGGCAAAAGGGGAAAUAAUUAUUUAUAAAGGUUCUUUAGAAGAACAAAAACGUCGAAAUAUUCAAUUAGAAACAGAAAUUAGACAAUUAGAAAAAGAAUGUGUCAGAAAUGAAAAUAUUUUUGAAAAAUGGAAAAAUAAAGAAGAAAAACAAAAAUUAAAUAUUAAAGAAGAUUUAAAUUCUCUUGAAAUUUUAAUUAAAAAUUGGGAAGAAAAAAUAUUUGGAAAUUUAUUAAAAAAUGAAGAUAAAUUGACAAAAAGAGUAAAAGAAUUAAUUGAAGAAUUAUUUAGACAAAAUAUUAAAAAAAUAAAUGAAUUAGAAAAUGAAAAUGUUCUUUAUUCAAAUAAAUUAAUUUCUGAACAACAAAAAAUAAUUAGUAAUUUAAAAGAGGAAAUUUCUUUAAAAAAUAAUGAAUUAAAUAAACUUUUAAAUUUAUUUGAAAAAUCAAAAAAUGAAAAAGAAAUUAAAUUAAAUGAAGAAUAUUCUGAAGCUGAAAGGGAUUGGCUAAAAAGAAAAAGAAUUUUGGAAAGACGUUUAGAAGAAUUGGAACAAACUUUGAAUAUUGAGAGAACUGAAAAUAUUAAAGAAAUUGAAAAGGUAAAGUUUUUAAUUAAAUAUUAA